GUUGUUUCACCUUUUUGAUUGAAUUUCUUUCUAAGAUCUUCGUGUCAGAGAAUGAGAGCACAAGCUGUGCUUGAAGCAGUAUCAGUGUUUCCUCAACCAGCAUAAUGGCUCAACGUGGAUUAAACUUGUGUUCCCAAGUGGAUCAGUUUGUCACAAAAUCUUUCCUUUGUAGCAGAACAACCUCCUGCAGUCGCAGGAACUAUGGAUCCAGUAAACGAAUUGAAGCCAAGAACCCAGUUGUGGAAAUGGACGGUGAUGAAAUGACAAGAAUCAUCUGGGCCAACAUCAAAGAAAAUCUAAUUUUUCCAUUUGUGAAGAUCGAAAGCCUUUACUAUGACUUAGGUCUACCCCAUAGAGAUGCCACCAACGAUCAAGUAACAGUCGAUGCAGCUCAUGCAAUUUUAAAACACAACGUUGGGAUUAAAUGUGCGACCAUUACUCCUGAUGAAGCUAGAGUUGAAGAAUUUAAGCUGAAAAAAAUGUGGCUCAGCCCUAAUGGAACCAUCAGGAAUAUUCUAGGAGGAACUGUUUUCAGAGAACCUAUUUUAUGUAAAAACAUUCCCAAAUUAGUUCCUGGAUGGACUCAGCCUAUUGUCAUAGGAAGACAUGCUCACGGCGACCAGUACAAAGCAACUGAUUAUGUUGUAACAAAACCAGGAAAGAUGGAACUAGUUUUUACUGCAGAUGACGGACAAGUAGAAAAAUUUACAGUUUUUAACUACAAAAGUCCAGGUGUUGCUCUCGCCAUGUAUAAUUUAGAUGAUUCUAUAGCUUCAUUCGCUCACUCAAGUUUCCAGAUUGCACUCCAGAAGAAGUGGCCGUUAUACCUGUCAACCAAAAAUACAAUUUUGAAGAAAUAUGAUGGUCGGUUCAAGGAUAUUUUCCAAGAGAUCUAUGAAAAAGAAUACAAACCACAGUUUGAGAAACUGAAAAUCUGGUAUGAGCACAGACUGAUUGAUGAUCAAGUGGCGCAAGCUCUGAAAAGUAGCGGAGGCUUUGUGUGGGCAUGUAAAAACUAUGAUGGAGAUGUGCAGUCGGACAUCGUUGCUCAAGGCUAUGGAUCCUUAGGUUUAAUGACGUCAGUCUUGAUGUGUCCAGAUGGUCGUACUAUUGAAUCAGAGGCUGCUCAUGGUACCGUCACCCGUCAUUACCGGCAACAUCAAAAAGGACUACCCACCUCAACGAAUCCCAUCGCAUCUAUUUUUGCUUGGACUCGAGGCUUAGCUCAUCGAGCAAAAUUAGAUAACACUCCUGAUUUAGCCAAGUUUGCCGAUGCCCUAGAGCAAGCUUGUGUAGAGUGCGUUGAGUCUGGCAAGAUGACGAAGGACUUAGCAAUUUGCAUUCAUGGUGCCCAAGGAACCAAAGAAAACAUGUAUUUGAACACGUUAGAUUUCCUUGAAGCGAUUAAAGAAACUCUAGGGGCAAAAAUGAAGAAUUUUUAAACUCCGCCACAUUGUAAGCUUUAAAAGUCUCUCACAUAAAAUUGUAUUGCACGUCAAAGUUAUCAACGAAAA